CCUGAACAUUCCAUUUCUUAUCGCGACAAACAUCAACUGGCUUUUAGAAGGUAGCUUCCUCCUCCUCUUGCAAGGAAAAUCCCUACUUCCAUCAAAACAUCUGUUCGCCUUACGAAUUCCGAUUUUCAUCGUUUUCAACUUGGUGAAAUUUACUCCGCUCCACCUUUGUUUGGGAAGUGAAAGGAGCGGUAUGGUGUUGUCUGGAUGAAUUGAAAGGGAAUUCGAAUAAAUGGGAACGGGCUCGGGCUCGGGCUCGGGCUCGAACGGAUGGGGCCGAGCUCGGGGAUUGGUGGUGAAGACGCUACUACUGAUUGGCGGCGCUGUCCUGCUUAAGAGACUCACCAAAUCAACCACUCGCUGGGACCAUACUCGCCUCGUCGCUCGCUCUCUUAGCGGCGAGAAGUUUUCUAGGGAGCAAGCAUCCAGGGACCCCGAUAAUUACUUCAAUAUUAGAAUGCUCACUUGCCCAGCAGCAGAAAUGGUGGAUGGUUCAAAUGUUUUAUAUUUUGAACAGGCAUUUUGGAGAACUCCUCAGAAGCCUUUUCGGCAGAGAUUUUAUUUGGUGAAGCCAUGUCCCAAGGAGUUGAAAUGUGACGUUGAGGUAAGUUCGUAUGCUAUUAGAGAUGUGGAGGAGUACAAAAAUUUCUGCGAUCGUUCGAAGGAUCAGCGCCCAUUGCCUGAAGAAGUUAUUGGUGAUAUUGCGGAGCAUUUGACAACAAUAUAUCUCAAGCGGUGUGAACGAGGAAAACGAUGCUUAUAUGAAGGUUCAACUCCCCCAGGUGGAUUUCCAAAUUCAUGGAAUGGGGCAAGCUAUUGUACAUCUGAACUUGCAAUUUUGAAGAAUAGUGAGAUACACAUGUGGGAUAGGGGCUACGAUGACGAUGGAAAUCAGGUAUGGGGGGUGAAAGAAGGUGCUUACGAGUUCAAACCUGCACCUACCUCAAGUUUCAAUGAUAUGCUUUCGCCUUUAAAUUUCCCUCUUUCACAGUCCAUAGAUAAAAGAAUAGAGGGCUCAUUUGUCUUGCAAGAAUGAUCUGUUUUACCUAUUACCAUGUCUGUAAAUUUUCAACUCCUUUAACAAUGUAAUGAUAUUUAUCUUUCUACCAAUCUUCUUUUGUAAUUUCAACAUCAAGAAUAACCGGGUUAGGACCCCUGUUACAAUGAGCAGGUCUGCGCAUGUAAAGAACUGCAGCAACCCUACCGUUAAUUGGGCAGAGUUUCACACCCAAGCCAUUCAGGCCAUUGACGCCUACGCUCCCCUCUGAAGGUGUAUGGUUUCCGGGGUCUGGUUUCUGCUUGUUUAACAUGCUCAUCACAUUUGACAUAGUAAAAGUAUAAUGGUUUCGUAUUAAUAUGACAA